UGAAAAACCAUGCAAUAUUAUUCACAGUCCUCCACAAAGACAAGUUCUAGCAGUAGCAGCAGCAGCAGCGGAGCUGGUGGUAGCAAUGCCUCUGUUACUGCUGGAGCAGCACCCGCCGCCAGGGGGCGUCACCCGGUUUAUCGCGGCGUGAGGCGUCGGAGCAGCGGCAAAUGGGUGUCGGAAAUCCGCGAGCCGAGAAAGCCUAAUAGAAUCUGGCUAGGCACAUUCCCUACACCUGAAAUGGCUGCCGUCGCUUACGACGUGGCGGCGCUUUCUCUUAAGGGCCAACAAGCUGAGCUUAACUUUCCCAACUCAGCCUCUUCUUUGCCCGUGCCCGCCUCCACUUCCCCGCGUGAUAUCCAAGCGGCUGCAGCCUCCGCUGCCGCCGCUAUGGGCGCAGCAAAGGAUGCCUCAACAGGGAAUGAGGGUAGUGUGGCACAAAGCUCAGUAGAGCCGGAAAGAGCCGCGGCUGAUGAAUUUGUUGAUGAGGAUAUGAUCUUUGACAUGCCCAAUGUUCUUAUGAACAUGGCCGAAGGUAUGCUUCUCAGCCCUCCUCGCUUGGACAUUGCUGGCGACGAUGCUGAAAUCUCUGGGGAUCAGGACCUUUGGAAGUUUCCUUAAUCCGGCCCAUAUACAUAUAUAUAUAUAUCUUAAAUACCAUAAUCUCUAAUAAUACUUUCUGCCAAAAACAAAAA